AUGGCAGAAGAAAAUAUGACUCUAGUGACUGAGUUUCUUCUCACGGGACUUACAGACCGUCCAGGGCUGCAGGUGCCCCUGUUCCUGGUGUUCCUUGUGAUCUACCUCAUCACCAUGGUGGGCAACCUUGGCCUGAUUGCUCUCAUCUGGAAGGACCCACACCUUCACACCCCCAUGUACUUAUUUCUCAGCAGUUUAGCCUUGGCUGAUGCAUGCACUUCAUCUUCUGUGACCCCCAAGAUGCUUAUCAACUUUUUAUCUAAGAAUCAUAAGAUAUCCCUAGCUGAGUGCUUAACACAGUUUUAUUGUUUUGGCUCCAGUGCUACCACGGAAUGUUUCCUCUUGUCAGUGAUGGCCUAUGACCGCUACGUAGCCAUAUGCAAUCCCUUGCUAUAUCCAGUGAUGAUGUCCAAUAGCCUCUGUACUCAGUUUAUAGGUGCUUCAUAUUUUGUUGGUUUUCUACAUUUAGCAAUUCAUGUGGGUUUGUUUGUUAGAUUAACUUUCUGCAAGUCCAAUAUCAUACAUUAUUUCUAUUGUGAAAUUUUACAACUAUUCAAAAUAUCUUGUACUGAUCCUACAAUUAAUAUGCUUGUCAUUUUAAUCUUUUCAUCCUUUAUGCAAGCCUUCACCUUUGUAACCAUUAUGGUCUCGUAUGCCCAGGUCCUCUUUACCAUUCUUAAAAAGAAGUCCGAGAAAGGCAGACACAAAGCCUUCUCUACCUGCAGUGCCCAUCUGUUCUCCGUCUCCUUGUUCUAUGGCACUCUCUUCCUCACUUAUGUUGGUCCAGGGUCUGGGCCAGAUGAGGAUAAGGAAAAAAUGCUUUCUUUAUUUUACACAAUAAUAAUACCCCUGUUAAAUCCUUUUAUUUACAGCCUGAGAAACAAGGAGGUUAUAGGUGCCUUGAGAAGAAUAAUAAAGAAAUAA